AUAGCGAUAGGCACGAGCUAGUCCGAGUUGUCAGAGAGGAUAACAACAUUCCGGUCACCAUUUCCGUUUACAGUGCCAUGAUGUUACAAACUGUGCUGUUAGUUCUCUGUGUCAGCGUGUUUCCAGUCCUUGGUAGAGAGGUGUGUCUUUGUACCGACUCUGAUGUCGUAAUACGGAAAUUACCUAGUCCAACAGCUUCUGUCACCGGAAAGCUCGCCACGGGAUCAUGCCUAAAUGUUUCUCAGUUUGAAAGAACUGGUGAAUGGCUAAAGAUAGUAGGGAAUGGGAUACAGACGGGUUACUUGCUUGAAUCAGACGGUGUGCAUCGAAGGAGCUGUCCAGAUCACCGCUCCAUGCGUGCUACCUCUGAAUCAGUUUACUGUCGACACGAGUGUCCUACUGAGUGUUGUGGUGUACAUUCUGGUUCCCCCACCCAUCACCAUGGAGUUUCAGUAUUGUCCCACUGGCCACAACAGAUGUUUAAGCACUUCUGUGUCCGGUUUGCUCCUGUAUGGUCGCACUGGGGCCACUGCAGUGUAACAUGUGGAGUAGGGACAAGACAUCGUCAUUGUACUCUUUUUUGCUCUUCUUUGAAUUCCACACAACAAACGCAAAUUUGUCACCACAGCGCAUGCCCAGUGGUAAACCUCGUGUCUGAUCACGUGUGUGACAAGGUCUCUGUUGUCCAAGCAGUCGCUCUUCAGGUCGCAGAGAAUUGCUCAGGACAAGGUCAUCUACCAUUCACACCGUUCGUGAUCCAGCAUUGUAGAGCUCCGGCAUCCGUGGCCGACUGGGUCGCUGGUUCUAAGGUAUCGACAAGCUGUAACACACUCGCAAUGUACUCACCUGUCGCAACAUUCUACAACAGUGGUCACCAUGAUAUCAUGACAGGAGUGUUUGUUGGAUGCGCGACCAAUGACGAAUUCAAGGUAAUCACUAGCUCGUGUGGAAUGUCACCACAGGUUAUGCAUAUCUCAAUCAGAAAUGGGACAUUCAAUCACUUUUACCAAGUCAAAUGGUAAUAAUGAGAAUAAACCGU